UUGGGCUCAUGAAUGGUGGGAUUUGCCAAGAUCACCUGACCUUGUGACAUUUAGUAAGAAAAUGUUGACAGGAGGAUACUAUUAUACUGAUGAAAUGACAGUCGAUGCUGGAUUGCGAGUAUUCAAUACCUGGAUGGGCGAUCCGGGAAAGGUUAUACUAUUGGGGAAGGUUAUAGAAACGAUAAACAAAGACAAAUUACUGAAGAAUGUGCAGCAAACUGGAGAAUAUUUGCUGGAAAAUAUUCAAAAGUUACAGGACAAGUAUUCCAAACUACUGAAAAAUACAAGAGGCAUUGGAACGUUCUGUGCCGUUGAUGCUAAAGAUGUUGUUACUAUGCAGAAGAUAAUGGAACUUAUGAGGAAUAAAGGAGUGCAGAUGGGAAGCUGUGGAGCCCAUACCAUACGAUUUCGUCCUACGCUUGUCUUCCAGAAACACCAUGUUGACAUCGUCAUGAAAUUAUUCGAUGAGGUUCUCCAAGAUCUUGCUCAGUGAAUCACGAAUAACUUCCCAAAGAAGCAAUAUACUGUUAUCUACUAAGCAAUUAUGUUAAAUGUAUCAUGCAACUAUUGUAUUGUUAAAUUAAGUUUUUUUGGGUGAAAUGCUUACAAUGACUGUGUCAACGCCCAAAGAUUGCGAUUAAAAUGUGACGUCUUGCUAGUCUCUUAUGUCAAAUUAUAGCAGUCCUCCUGCAUAGUCCCUUUUAUAAAAUAAUUUGUUUUGUAAAAUUAUUUUUGUCAAUGUCCGCGGUUUUGAUGACAAUGCCCAAUACCCAUAACUUUAUGUACGACCAGAUUACUACGUUUUAUACCACUGUCAAACUAUGCAGAAAUCAACAUAGAUCCUAUGAAUUAUCCAUUGCGACAUAGUAUUAUUCUGCCAUCUAUAUGUAAAAACAAAAUAAUAUAAAUUAGACAAAUUUAAUUGUUUCAACAAUAUGUUCAUCUAAUGACAAAGUCGACCAAAGUAAAAAAAAAAA